AAAACAACGGGCUUUAUCAAAAUUCAUUGGGUCUGGACGCUUGUGCAAUAUUUAAAGCGUCUUGUUACAGAGAUUGAAAUUUGACAUUUCCUUCAUUUUUUCGCCGAAUAGCGUUAUCUUUCAUGUAAAAAAUGCAUAUUUUGACAAAAGUUGGCAUCGUUAGUGCAGUAGCUGUCCCAUUUGGUGCUGCCACGUAUGUGUCCUACACAAGACCAGUGCCUGUACAAAGCAGAAAAAUAAAAAUAUCAGAGCUUCCCAUCUAUGAAGUGCCAGAGACUGCCAGGGUGACACUGAUACCGGAGGAGAUAGGUACAGUUCGAGGAGGAAUCUCUGCGGUCCGGCAGUCUGUGUGGGGAUGGCUUGAUACACAGAGGGAUACAACAGAAAUGCUCAGAGAAAAACUUGAAAUUGGAAAGGCUCACACAGAAGCUACCAUAUCAACCAUCCGGGCAGAUGAAGGCGUGAAUGUUCCAAAAAUAUCUGUAAUUGGAGCCUCUGGUCUUGUGGGCAUAGUUUUAGGCUACAGAGGAUCAAUCUUCAAGAAGACGGGCUACAGUUUGUUUCUGAUGUUGGCAACAGCAGCCCUGUGUUAUCCCACAGAUGCAGUGGACAUGUCAAAACAAGGCUUUAACAAAGUGAAAACAGCAAUUAAAGACCAAUUUAGUUCAAAAGACGAUGGCAAAGAUUAAUGCAGGAUUGAAAAACGUUGCGAGAUGGAUGCCAUUUAAUUAUACACCAAGAGACGUAGAAUAUUUUUAUGUUUAAGUCUAAAUAUAAUUUGACAUUAAAAGUGUGCUUUGCGGGACAAGACAAUAGCCAUUUACCACUAAAUACCCCCUUGGUUGUGUAUCAGGUGAAAAUCAGUGAAAUACUUUUGCAAAGGAAUGGUUUUGAAAAAGUAAUUACCAAAUUAAAGGAAAAAUCAGGAAUGUCAGAAAAGUUUGGUUCAAGAUCAGUACUGUACUUUAGCGUUUGUCAUGUUGUUAAUGUUUAAGAAAUAAAAUUGGAAAGGAA